AUGUCGCUAUUCAAUGUCUGCAGCUGGUGGUCCACACAAUGUGGCACGGCAACUCAGUACGAUGUGGCAAGUUUGUUGUGCGCACGCUUUGGGCUGGACACGCAGGAGAAGGAUUACAUAGUUGUGGGCUCGCAGACGGGACAGCUGAGCGUUUACUAUCCGCAUGGCAAGGCGUUUGAGGCAACGGAUUUGUUGCUGGAGCUGCAGCUGGCGGAGCCCAUACUGGGGCUCUAUGCGGGCAAGUUCAGCGGCAAUGCGCGCAAUGAGAACGCCAAUCAGCUGGCGGUGCUGCAGCCCAAUGCCAUAGCCAUAUACAAUCUGCAGGCAGUUGCUGGCUUGGCGGACUACGGCACACAGUUGAAGCUGCAGCUGCUGGUGGAGCACAAGUUUGCGCGUGUGGCCUUUGCGCUCUGCCAGGGCCACUUUGGCCAGGUGAAGGGACGCGAGUUCUUUUGUGUGGUGCACUUGGACGGCACGUUGACGUUUUAUGAGCAGGAUGGCAUUUGCUAUGAGUGCAGCUUUCCCGGACAGCGUGCGCUGCCAGCGCCUGUGGUCUACUGCGAGCGCACCGAUAGCUUCUUGCGCUUCAAUGCCAGCUGGCACCUGCAGUGCUUUAGCUAUCAGGACUUGUCGCAUUCCUUGGUUAGUCGCAGCAGCAGCUAUCAGCCCAGCUGGUCGCAGUGCCUGGGCGAGGGCAUUCUGGAUAUGCGUGUGGUGCAGCUGAAGGAAAACUGCUCCUAUAUAAUGAUACUGGGCGAACGCAAUUACAUUUGCCUGGAUGACAAUGGCAAGUUUAACUUUCUGCUCAAGCUGGACUAUGCGCCCAAAUGCUUCUAUAGCUUUGUCGUGGGCUAUUACUGGGAGCCGGGCGCGCGUCUGCUGACAGCCAUUGUCAGCGAUUCGGCCAAGCUGCACAUCUAUGAGCAGGCGAAUCUCAUUUGGGCAGCGCAGUGGCAACAGCCCGCACCGGUGGCCAUACAGCGCUCCAAUGUGCAUGGCCUGGCGGGCAGCCUUGUCACGCUGAGCGCCAAUGGACAAUUGACUGUGGGCUAUCUGGGCGCGCAGCCAUUUCAGUUUCAGGUCAAGCCGCUGAACAUAGAGGAGCUGAGUUUUGCCGAGGCGCACAAGCAGCUGCAGCAGCUCGAGGAGGAGAUCAAAGAGUCGGUGGACAUACGCGACAUGGAUGCGCUGAACAAGCAGGCGGCGGAGCAAGUGCGUCUAAGCUUUAGCAUACAGAAGGAGGUGUUCGAUGAUCUGGAUACGCUGCUGUUGGAUGUGCCCGCUGAUGUGGCCGUCAAGGAGUUGCCCUCGGCCAAGGGACUGCUGCGCAUCAAGAUCAAGGCAGAGCUUGCCGAGCUGCAAGUGGUUUUCAACAUGCCCAGCGGUGUGCGCUGUAGCCAGGAGACACUUAGCCUGGUGAAUGUGCCAGCAGGCAGCAGCCAGGAGCUGGAGCUGGACUUUUACAUUGCUGAGCUGUUGCAUGCGCAUAGCACGCGCGUUGAGGUCUUCGCCUCCUUUGUCAGUCCAAGGGGCAUACCACGCGUGCUACAGCAAAGCGCCUACUUGCCGCUCUCCAUGUUCUAUCGCAGCUGUCAGCCACAGAAGGCGGCGGGCAUUAAGUUGACCUACACCAUAACCAGCAAGCAUGUGCCGCCCAAGCUGUCGACGUUCUUUGCGGAGUUUGUGGAUGCCGAGAGCGAAACGCAUGCAAUGGGCUUGCAGCUGCUCUGCCCGGGACUGGAGAAGCUCAAUGAGAUUAUUACGGUGGUGGCAGCCAAGAACUCGAAUCGCUUAAGAAUCCAAUCGGAUUGCGUGGAAACCUUUGGCAUGAUAUUGGAGCGCAUUGUGGAAACGACGCUGCAGCUGGACAGCGCUGCCUCGCUGCUCAACAUGCAGAAGCGUAAGCCCAAGCGUGGCGUACUCAAUCGCUGUGUGGAACGCAUUAUAGCGGCGCCAUUCAUACCCAGUCAGCCCAUACUACAUCGCGUCGAUGUUCACCACGAAACGCAGCUCAACAUACGCAGCCAAACGGCCCAACUGGAGGAACUAUGGCAACAGUUCAAAACGCUACAGCGUCAGCUGCAGGAACAAUCGGAGAGCGAGCCCAAAGAGACACUCACCAUGCAAAUAGAGGCGAACUAUGACCAAUUGAUAAUAGAAGGAGACAAGUUGGUGGAAAUACGCCGGGACGAGAGAAGACAGAACUGCGACCUCAACUGCGCCAUAUCAUUAGCCAAAUGGAUAAUUCAUGGCCUGAACUUGGAGGAGCGUGUGGUGAAUGUGGUCAGUUCAGUGUUGAGCAUACCUGUGGAGGACUGGACGGAACUUUGCUGGGAAGAAUCUAUGGCUCCUGGCAUUGAUAUGCUGCAUCAUUUUGGACCACUAAUGCGUUCCAAAUCCACAUCACAGCAUGGCCUGCUCGAUGGCGACAGCUCGCGGGAGAGCUUCGAGUACAGCCGCUUCAGGCGGCAUUUUUCAACGCUGUUCGAUCGCAUUGUGCGUCUAGCCUCAUCCACAACGGAUGAGCAGAGCAGCAAGCAGCCGAGCACUGCAAAUGAGGCAACGGCAGCGCCAACAGAGCAGCCUACCGAUGAAAUUGGCAACUUGCAGCGCAUGUUGGCUGAGCCGGGCGCACGUGCAGGCGCCACUAAGCUAAGUAGCUCCUUGGAGGCUGUGGUAGACGAUGAGGAGGAGUAUGAUGAGGAGGAUCUGCGCGAUACUGGCUAUCGCAAGGAUUAUGGCGCUACGGCAAGCACAACGAAGCGCGAGCCAGCGCCCAAGUCGGGCAUGCAUAAUCAGUGGAUCAACGAGGAUUUCGAGCUGCCCACCACUGAGGAGCUCUUCAGCGACUUGGGUAUCUGGUGGUAGUGCCCUUAGCCAUAACUGAAUUAUAAAACGGUGUUCAAAUAUA